AUGCGUAUACCAAUAGUGGUGCUGGUAAAUGGUUUCCCAUGCAAGAGCAUCAGCGAGGUUCAAGCUGAUGACUUCUUCUCAAGCGGAUUCAAUACACAAAGGAAAUUUGAUCCCUAUGGAUCAACAUUAGGGUGGGUGAGCGUGACCGAAAUCCCUGGACUCAACACCCUCGGCGUCUCAAUGGUGUAUGGCUCCAUUGUGCCAGGGGGCAUCUUCCCUCCCCACACAAACCAGGCAGACGAGCUACUGUUUGUGAUGGAAGGAAGCAUUGAAGUGGGCUUUAUUACACCCUAUCCCGAAAACCGUCUCAUUUCGAAAGUGCUUCAUCAGGGUCAAUUGCUUGCGAUUCCGAAUAGUCUCGUCCACUACAAGAAAAAUCUAGGAGCCACAAAUGCCACUAUCCUGGUUGCUCUUAGUAGCCAAGACAUUGCACCCGUCAUGCUUGCGGAAACAAUGUUUGGGUCCAGCUUAAAACUCGAGACGGAUAUUCUUGCAAAAGCUUUCCAUGUGGGUGAGGGAAUUAUUAAUCAAAUUGUAUCCAAGUUCUAG